AUGUACUUUAUGUUUGGCCUACCGAAAGAUUCGCAUGGCAAUACAGGCAUUGUAGUCUUUGUUGACCGUUUGAGCAAGAUGACUCACUUAGCGGCUGUGCCAGAUUCGAUCGAUGGUGUGGGUACAGCGGAGCUGUUUAUCGAUCGAGUGUUUCGCCAACAUGGCUUGCCAGUGGCAAUUGUUUCGGACCGUGAUCCUCGUUUUACUGUUAAAUUUUGGAAGUCCGUCUUUCAGUUUAAGCGAUGGAGCUCUAUGCUGCCUGUUGUUGAGUUUGCACUCAAUAACUCCGUGCACGCCUCUACCGGCUGCACUCCAAUCUAUGUAAAUGGCCUCACACACCCACGCGUUCCGCUAAUGCUACCACCGAGUGGUUCAGGGCUUGGUGGGGGAGAGGUUGCCGAUCGGCUUGCUGAUCUCAGUCCUGUUACUGUUAAGAAACAGGUGAACGCGUUUCUCGCAACGCGACAGAAUGUCUUACGACAUGUGCGUGACGCAAUGGCUGAUAGCCAACUCAAACAGAAGGAAAAUGCUGAUGCUAAAAAGGCAGAAGUUGUAUUGAUUAUUAUGAGGUCGGAUACCAAGUCUUACUUAAUGCUACAAACCUACCUACCAAUGUAA